AUGAACAUCGAGGAAAUCCUUCCCGAGCUGUUCGGCGAAAAACGCGUCUACUACUGCCAGAGGUUGGGAUUUUUCGGCAAAAACGGGAAAAGGAGUUGAACCAGGGUAUCAACUAUUGGGUCAACUACACUGCUAGAGUCGGAAGAUAGCGAAAAAAUGAGUAUUUUUCCCAUUUUGGCUCAAAAAUUCAUCUCUAACUGGUGAAAAAUUAUCAAGUAAAAAAUGGCAAAAAAAGUUUUCCUGGAGCGGGAUCGAACCAGCGACCCCCCCAAUUGAACUGAGGCUCAAAUUCAUGCUUCUAGGAAGUUUUCUGCAUUCAUUUAGGAAUAACAAAAGCAUAUUUUCAAGCUUCCCAAGCAGUUAGACAAGUUUUUCCGAGAAAUAAGAAAUGUCAAAAAUAUCUUCGCCCUGACCAGGAUUCGAACCCGCGACCUCCUUUCCAUGACCAAGGACUUCACCAGUCACACCAUGAUGUAAUUUUUAGAUGUCUAAACCACGGUCUUCGAGAGAAGCGCAAGAAUCACAAGCUCCACUGUCUCUAUAGGAUGUGCCAGUGUUCCGACUGCAUUGUUAGUUCAUUGCUUUUAUUAUAUGAUCUAUUGCUCAUGUUACAACUUCAGAUGGUAGAACGACGUCGUGAGCUGAACUCGCGGCUGAUGCAGAUCGACGGCUCGGCGGCUUCGUCGACGACGUCAUCCUCGUCGAUGACGUCACAAAUUAUCAUCAGAAGCGACGGAAGCGAGUGCACGUCGGAGACAACCGGAGAGAGUGGCUGUGAGGAUCGGGAUGACUUUUCGAGCAAGCCUAAAGGUGAGGUGACCGCGACGAAGCCCAUAAAAGGCUAUAAAAGGCCUCAGUACUAAUAAGGAACCUUGAAGCGAGCCGCAACGCAAACCGCAACGCGAGUAGCAACGCAAGCCGCAACGCAAGCCCCAACGCGAGCCGCAACGCGAGCCGAUCUGCGCGAUAAAAAGAAAAAAUUUAGUUUGCGUCCGAGAACAUGCACGGUUAUUGAACGAAAAUGAGAUAUAGCCUGACUAUUUUUUACCGUAUUUUUGUACGAAACUCCGCUGAAACAAGCUUCAGACGCAUGAUUUUCAAUAAAAGGACCUUUCAUAAAAAUUUUCCCCAUUCUAAGCUUUUUUUGAUUUCCAGGAAUACAGUAGACUACAAAUUCUGAUUUUAGUCUUUUUAUCAAAGUAAAAAAAAAUAAGAACUUGUGAAAAUUGAGCUCCUAAAUCAAAUUCGUAAAUUAUCUUGAUCGUUAAAGUUGUUGUUAAUAAAUAUUUCAGAGCCGAAUUUCCUUUUCGAUCAUUGACACUUCUUUCCAAAGUUUUCUUUUGACAUUUUUUGAUAGUACAGUUCGAUUCGCAAUGAAAAACUAUAUAAGAUUUUGCUUUCACCUGAAACCCCGUUUUUUACUGCACCUAUGCCUUUAAUGAAUGCACUAUCCAAUAACUGCUUCGAAAAACUUAAUUUUCCUUCAAAAAGAAACGCCGAAAACAAUGGGAGUUUGAACUGUAAUUUGGAAUCUCGGAACUCGAUUUUUAGAAGUAUUUAGGUUUGAGCGCUUUAUGAUCGGACUAUCUACAAAUUAUACCAAAAAUUCAUACAUCAAGAGAAAAAUGAGCCGAAUGGGUUUUGAUAUUUUUUUUUGAAAUAGUAAUGUGUUGAAACUUGAAGUUCACAAUAUCCAAGAUUGAGCGCUUCAUGAAUGGACUAUCACCAAGAUGCUUCAUUCUUAUCUUAAAAAAACGUCUACGAAUCUCAUAUUUGCUUUAUUGAGACAGUUUCUGUUUGAGCGCUUUAUGAAUGGACUAUCUGCAAAUUGCUUCAUUUUUCUUUUAAAGAACCUCUUUAGGAAUCUCAAAAUUCGACUUGUUGAGGCAGUUUCUGUUUGAGCGCCUAUUGAAUGGACUAUCUGCAAAUUACUUCAAGAAACACCAUUUUUCUCUCAAAGGAACGCGUCCUUUUUACUAAUAGGCGCCAAAGACAAUGAGACGUUUGUUUCGUGGGGGGCUUGGAAAGAACGGCGUAGGCCUCCCCAAAAUGAAAUAAAUUUAACGAGAGAACACCGUAAAGAACAGCUGUGGUCGUGUGGCGUUCUUGUCCAUCUUUUUUUUCGUUCUUUUCUCAUCCGAAUGACACUUUGAGAGCCGCGAAGAAACGCCUGGAUGAACGGGUUUUAUGAGGCGCCCGCCCUGCUUCGUAUCGCUUUCGGCAUGUUCCAAAAUGUGCUUUCCUGUGUUUUGAAGUGAGGGAGGACUACAGUAUUCCUUGGUGAAAAAAGUUGAAGAGCAAAAUUUCAUUAAAACACGGAAAAAAUUAUGAUGCUGCGCGAACCGUUUUUGGUCGGUUGCAGUGAAUAUCAAAGUAAAAAGGGAAUAUCAUACCUCAUUCCCAUGUAAUAUGUCGUUUCCCGUUAAUUAGGUAUCUCAUAAACAGGACAGGAUACAGAGAAUAAGAGUUCUGUGCUUGAUCUAGCGCAAACCGUUUUUGGUCGGUUGCAGUGAAUAUCAAAGUAAAAAGGGAAUAUCAUACCUCAUUCCCAUGUAAUAUGUCGUUUCCCGUUAAUUAGGUAUCUCAUAAACAGGACAGGAUACAGAGAAUAAGAGUUCUGUGCUUGAUCUAGCGCAAACCGUUUUUGGUCGGUUGCAGUGAAUAUCAAAGUAAAAAGGGACUUUCCUACCUCAUUCCCAUGUAGAUGUUGUUUCUAGUCUCUCAGGUAUCUUUUAAACAAAAUGGGAGACGGAAGAUAAGAGUUCAGGGCUUGAUCUAGCGCAAACCGUUUUUGGUCGGUUGCACUUCAAAGCAAAGCAAUACGUGGCUUUCUGACCUUAUUUCUAUGUAAACUUAGUUUUUGAUGAAAAUUUUUUAGUUGCUUACUUUAUAGACAUAAAAUGAGACGAAAAAUAAGAGCUCAAUACAUGAUCUCGCGCAAACCGUUUUUGGUCGGUUGCAUUUUGAAGCAAAGCCUUUUUUCAAACUUUGAAGCUUGAAAGAGCUUUCUACAUAUUUGGAUUGAAAGAAGCUUCUUUAGGUUUUCUACUCUAUCUUUCUAAAAUUGAAGCAAAAUGGUCGCAUUUGGAAUGGCUCAUUAGAAACCAAGUUUUGGGGCUGGAAAACGAUCCGCAUACGCGACGCAAUCCAUUUUGAAUGCGGCCAGAUGGUUUCAAAAUGAAGAUUUUUAUCUUUUCAGAACGCCGACCAAACUGUCAAAGAUGCGCCCAACACAACGUCGUCAACCGUCUGAAAGGCCACAAAAGGUCAUGUCCCUUCAAGGAAUGCGGCUGUCCCAAGUGUCAGGUGAGCCGCGACGCGGCAUCCCACCCAUGCGUUGCGGUUUGCAGGUUGUUGUGGAGCGACAAAAGCUGAUGGCCGACCAGAUCAAGCUCCGGAGAAGGCAGAAAAGGGAGAAGAACAGCAUGAUGAUCGAGAAAGCCCUGCCAUCACCUCCAGGUACUUUAAAAAAUCAAAAUUGAUGUCUAUAGUUCGUUAACCUCUGUCUUAGGAGUCCGGUACUUUUUUUGUAUGAUAUUUCAUUCAAUGCUGUCUCAGGACUCCGGUACUAUUUUCUAGUUUCAAAAUCGGUAGCUAUAGCUCAUCCAUCGCUGUCUUAGAAGUCCGGUGCUUAUUUUGUUAGAUAGUCCAUUCAUCACUGUCUUAGGGCCACGGUACUUUUUUUUUCCUAAAAGUGGUAUCCAUAGUUAAUUUACUUCUGUUUAAAGAUUCCGGUGCUUUUUUUGUAUGAUGGUUCAUUCACCGCUGUCUUGGGGCUCCGGUGCUUUUUUUAGUUUCAAACAUGGUAUUCAUAGUUCAUUCACCGCUGUCUUAGGGCUCCGGUACUUUUUUUAAUGACAGUUCAUUCACCGCUGUCUUGGGGCUCCGGACCUUUUUUUUAGUUUCAAAAUUGGUUUUCAUAGUUUAUUCACCGCUGUCUUGGGGCUCCGGUUUGGCUCAAGAGGUCAGUAUUGAAGCUGAUUCGAAAAAAAGUUUUUUCAUCCCUGGUCGCAUUUAGAAUGGCUCAGCGCCGAGCAGCAUAAACAUUUCGAACAAAAAAAAAUUUUCGCUCCAGGAUUUUUUUUUACCUAAUGGACGCUUCUUUAACUUGAACUCUACAGAUUACUAAUUUUUUUAAAAAAAUUUUUUUCUUGAAAAAAAUUAUUUUUUUCGCCCUUGUUUCUCGAAACAUCCCCGGAUAGAUAGAUCAUAACUUUCCCAUCGAAUAUAAUUUCCGAAAAUUCAAUGUUCUCGAUUUUUGAGCCAGCUUUCCCUCCCAACCUCGUACUUUUCCUAAAACUCGAAUCGCUGGAAACCCAGACCUUUUUUCCCAAACAAAUUCCUCAAACUUGAGUGAAUGUACUUGAAAAAUGGCGGUUUUAUGACUCCGCGUGGAGUCGUGCGCCAUUUUUUCCCUUGUCUUUUUUAUUUUGAAUGUCUUGAGAGACAGACGUUGGGGUAAAUGUUGGAUCGGUCGAGUUUGGAAGCCAUUAAAUGGACUUUAGAGCACAUUUUUCACUUAUAGAUCAUAUGUUGAGAUCACAAAUUUGAAAGAAAGAAGCUUCUGACAUUAUAAAAUAGAAACGUAUUCAUAAAGAAUAUGACGUCACUGAAAUCAAAUGACGUCAUUCAGUUUACCACAAUUGACGUACUACGCAAGUUUGCAGUUAUAAGUCACAUUCAAAAGUUAAAAAGUUGCAACGAAUACAAAAAAAACAACAUUUUCUCGAGUGGAUACGAAUGACGUCACUUUUGAUUUUUUUUUUUUCACAAGUGCGCUCCAAAGAGAAUCGACCUCUAACUGAAAGAUACUCCAGGAAAACCGGACUCGCAUGGACAUUUCUGAGAAGUUCCAGUGGUCACUUAAGAGUUCUGACGGCCCUAAAUGGGUCUGGAAGUUUCUGAGCAAGUCUAGGGGUCACUUAAGAGUCCCGGCUCCUUUGAAAUGGCCUGGACGUCUCUGAGAAUCUCUAGGGAUCACUUGAGAGUUCGGAAAGCCCUUAACUGAUCUGAGCGUUUCUGAGCGGUUCUAGGGAUCACUUAAGUGUUCGGAAGGCCCUUAACUGGUCUGAGCGUCUCUGAGCGGAUCUAGGGAACAGUAAAGGGUUCUGAAACCACCAAAGUGAUCCCUGGAAAAAACUUUCAAGCGCUUCUUGUGGUGUACAGCUUUCGAGACGUUUUUCUCUAUAAAUUAUAAUAGUCGCUUUGCACUUUGUCACCCUUCAGGCUCUUUUCUAAGGCUUUUCAACCCCACUAUUUGCCUCGAAAAAUCACUAAAAUAUCUUAAAUUCCCAAUUUUCAGUUGAAGCAGUAUGCAUGAAAUGCACGCAGCAGGCGAUCGGCUACCAGCAACUCCUGGCUUUCGUCGACCCGACGGCCGAUCCGAUGAUAACCCUAUCGGCGAUCCUUGCCGCUUGUCCCCACAAGACCACGUGA